AAUCUACAAGCUGUGUGAAGUUUCAUGUUUGAUGUUGUUUACAAUUUGAAGGAAUACGUUUUAAAUAGUUAUUGUUACAUAAGUGAAGACGUAUUGCUGAAACAUGUUGGUUAGUAUUGUGAAAAACGGUAUUUUCUGUAGAGAUCCCGUAAAAAGAUCGAUAUUAGCAGUAUCUUCUGUAUAUCAAACUGACCGUUAUAAAUCUAAUGCGUCUCACGAGAAAUUACCGGAUAACAUUCAAAUAUUAAAGUCAGUAAGCCAGUCAUCAUCAACGGCUGCUCUGAGAGUAAAAACAAUUAGCAAAGCUAUGAAAGCAUACUUAGAAAGAUCCAGAGGCCAUGAAGAUUUUCUAAAAGUUAAAAAUGAGGAAUUUGAAAUAGGCCGUCAGCAUUUAGCAAAUAUGAUGGGAUUAGAAGUGGGAGAUAUGUCUCAAAAUGAUAUUGACAAAGCAAUUGAAUAUUUAUUACCCUCUGGUCUCUUUGAAAAAAAAGCAAGACCAAUUAUGAAACCCCCUAUACAAUUGUAUCCGAAAGAAAAGGCUGCUCAGUUUGAUGCGAGCGGUAGGCCAUUCAGCCCUUUUUUCUAUACAGGUAAAAGUAAUUUCUAUGCGGCAGUGCAUGAGUUAGUUACAAAAUUUCAUGAACUGGAUGCAUUUGAAGACUCGAUGAUUAAGAAGGGCAUUUGCAACCUUCCUGAGGAAACUGCUCUGAAUUUGUCUGGAGGUGAUUGGCUCUCUAAAGAUGAAAUGCAAAGUAUGUUUUUGGAAAUAUUAACUGAUACAGAAUAUGAUUUUCUAAUUACAACUUUAACGAGAUUGGGAGGUCAUCCGUAUUCCUUUCGCUGCAGUGAUUUAAUUUGGAAAUUCAGAAAAAAAUUUCCAGAUCUAGCAGAUGAGAUCAUUCCCGAACUUAUGACUGAUGAAAACGGUAGACCAUAUAUGGAAAUGAUGGGCUACCGAAAGCUGUGUCAAGCUAAAGUUAUAGUUAGGGGCAAUGGCACUGGGAAAGUUUCUAUCAAUGGUACUGACAUUUUUUAUUUUGAAAGAUUACAAGAUAGGGAACAGAUAAUGUAUCCACUCCACUUUACUGGCAUGUUGGGAUUAGUCGAUAUUGAAGUUGAUGUCAGUGGAGUGGGUGAAUCUGCACGAGCUGGUGCUAUACGUCUGGGUCUUUCUUUGUGCUUAAGAAGUUUUGUUCCUGAGUUAGCCGAAAAAAUGAGAUUAGCUGGUCUCUUGACUCGUGAUCGUAGGCGAAGAGGCCGAAAGAAGCCAGGCCAGAAAGGUUGUCGAGCUAAAUUCACAUGGAAAAAACGUUAAAUGUGAUAUUUUGGAUCUGAAGUAAUAAAAAGCUCUAGUGAAACAAAAUAAGGAAGUUUACUUAAUCAUCACCAUUAAAAAAAAAAAUUUAAAAAAAUUAUCCAUUAUGUUUAAGAAAAAUUAUGUAAUUUUUUGGGCUUAUAUUCUUUCUUUUUAUGUUAAUAAUCUUGAUGUGAUAGAUUAUUAAUCUGUAAAAUGAAGAAAUUUGUAAUAAUAGAUGAAGUUUUUUUCCCUCAAAUGAUAAAAAUUAUUUAUAUAUUAAAAAGUUUUUAUGGA